UACCCUUUCUUCCCUCUUUAAUAUACAGCAUUGUAAUAAUCCAUCUCUCUUCCUGGAAAUAUCCUAGAAACCACAUCCAUAUCUUUUUCAGAUAGAUUUGUGCUUCGUAAUAUAUUCAUCAUGCACUCAUUUACACAUCUUCUUGCCCUAGCCUCAGCGGCCUCGGCUCUCCAGGGCUUCAACUACGGCUCUACCUUCACCACCGGUGCAGCAAAGCAGCAGUCUGACUUCGAGGCCGAGUUCACCACCGCACAGAACCUCAAGGGAACGUCGGGAUGGACGAGUGCUCGUCUCUACACGAUGGUGCAAGGCGGCACCGCGAGUGACCCUAUCUCCGCCAUUCCUGCUGCCAUCAAGACGAAGACUUCUCUACUUCUCGGUCUGUGGGCAUCCGGAGGUGACACCUCUUUCGCCAACGAAAUCUUGGCGUUGAAGGCCGCUAUUAAGACAUACGGUGACGACUUCGCCAACCUCGUGGACGGUAUCUCUGUCGGUAGUGAAGACCUUUACCGAAACUCGCCCAUGGGAAUUGCGGCUGGUUCUUACGUUGGUGCUGACCCCGACACCCUCGUUCGCUACAUCAAGGAGACGAAGGAGGCUAUCGCUGGUACCGGUUUAGAAAAGGCCCCUAUCGGUCACGUCGACACCUGGACUGCUUGGGUCAACGGAACGAACCAGGGUGUUAUUGAUUCUAUCGAUUGGCUUGGUAUGGAUGCGUAUCCUUACUUCCAGGAUACCUUGCCCAACGACAUCACCAAGUCGAACUCCCUCUUCCAGGAAGCUCUUGGAAACACCGAAGGUGCUGCUGGCGGAAAGAAGGUCUGGAUUACUGAGACGGGCCACCCGGUCAGCGGCAAGACGGUCGGAGAGUCUGUUGCCUCCACCGAAAACGCCGAGACCUUCUGGAGAGACGUUGUUUGCCCUCUGCUCGACAGCGGCGCAAACCUCUGGUACUACACUCUGAUGGACGCUGCUCCGGAUACCCCGAGCCCCAGCUUCGGUAUCACCGGCAACAAGCUCACCACCACCCCUCUGUUCGAUCUCAGCUGCGACGGCACCAAGGCCGAAUCUUCCUCGUCCGCUUCAGCCGGCGCCUCUUCCACUGCCAAGGGUGGUGCUUCUUCCAGCGCCUCUAGCUCAGGCUCUAAGUCGACUUCCGUCGGUAACUCCGGUGGCAGCCCCGGCGGUGUGCCCAGUGCUCAGAUCUCUAGCCAGGAAUCUGCCACCGUGACGCCCACAGGAUAUACCGCCACCGCUACCGGCUCUGGCUCUGGCUCUACCGUAGGCUCCGGCUCCGGCUCAGGUACUAAUGGCACCUUCACCGCGCCGCCUGCCGCCACAUCAACCAUCCCCGCUAGCGGCGCGUCCGGUGUUAACUCGGGCGCUUUCGCUGCCGCCUUCGGUGCCAUCAUGGCCGCCAUCUACGCUUUGUAAAAUAAUAGAAGGGGACAUUGAGGCUGUCGCUGAUUACA